UUCACCUGCGAGCUGCUACAGAGAGAAUGUAAGCUGAUGUUGUUUUUUGUUGUUUCACCUGCUUUUUAAAAACGGCAAACAUCGAGGCAGAUGGACUCGAAAGGACCGUCGCUUUAUGCACAGGCAGGCCCCUCGAUAGAUAUGACUCGGAGCAUGGAGGAAGACUCUUUGGUGGAUGGGCCGCUGAUUUCUGCUGAUGCCCUCCACUCUGCCAUCAGGAGAGAGUUUCAGCCUGUGCCAACACAUUUCCAUGCCGGCUUGCUGUCCGUACUACAUGUUUUGUACGUUGUGUUGUCCAUAUGCCUGGGAGUGCUGUGUGUGUUGAAAUUUGGCCAAGAGGAUGUGUGUAUGAAAAUUCUGGGCAACGUGAAAGGCGACAGCGUCAUCGUGUUUGCAAAGGUGGCUCUGUGGGCGCUGGUGGUGCUGUUCACUGUCUGUGUACGCCGCCACCACAAUCGAGUCCGGAGCAGAGGAUACCUGCGAUUCUACAGACAGACACAGGACCUGAGAUACCUGCCGCUCACCAUUCACUCUACAGGAAGUGUUGCGCUGCUGGCUCUUCUGGCUGCAAGAUUAUCUCAGACUGUUCACACCUACAUGAUGCUCAGCGUUCUGGGGUUGGAGCUCCUGGUGACGGUGCCAUCCCUUAUCUAUUACACAGUCAAGGUGAUGCAGUUCAACGGAGAGCGAGCUGCACCAGAUGUGAGCCAGGAAGAGAUUUCACACACCUACAGCGUCUCGAGCCAACCGACCGAGACCGGCUUCAGAGGAGGCUCCAGCCUGGAGGAGGUGGUGGAGAAGCAGGCCGACCUGAUAGAAUACCUGAAGCAGCACAACACCUUACUGAGCAAGAGGCUGCUCAACCUGGCCGCUGAGCACUAACCACCGUCAGGCCUCCUCCUCCCCGAGAACCAGCCGACGACACCCUGGAGCCUGAACAUUUUACCGCUCCGAGUGAAAAAUCUGCGCCUUUAAAAGAGAGGACCGACACUGUAAGAAACACUGGAUGAGAGACUCAAAUAAGCGAAUGCACCUGUACGCACAGGCUGAGACGGGAGGGCUCCUCUGUGAGGCUUCCUCACCGGAGAUGGACAGAUAAGGCAGGAGGAGGUGAACCGAGAGCAGAGGGCAGUUAAAAAAGCAAAGUGGGAGGCGGAGAGGAGGAGUCAUGGGUCACAGAUCAGAGGUGAGGGGUUUUUAUCACUGGGUUACGACCCUCGGUGACCCACGUUUGCUGCCGCUUUUGUUACUGCGAGAGACACAGAACAGUAAAAUUGUUUUAGAGAUCAUGUGCACUAAGGAGGGAGAGGUUUAUCACGUAUCCGGGUCAAACAAGAAAGAAGAGAGGUUAAACAAAAAGAGAAAAAUGCUGUACAAAGUUUGUUAAAUGCAAUUUUAUCUGUGAGAAUGCGUUUGUGUCAAUGAUUUAUCAACGUUCCAAUAAUGAGUUUGUGUAUUUGUGAUUCCAAUAAAUCUUUGCUAUUCUUA